CGACAUGUUGGUCCGCUUACAUCAGGAUGAAGUAGCAUUAGCAAGCGACGCGAUCUGUGGAAGGGACAUUAACAUAAUGGAAAGGACUCUCUGACCACGGUGAAACUAAUAUUUGGAAGUAAGGCUGUGACCUUAGGAAGCAGGAAGGCAUCCUCAAACCAUGUUGGCUCGUCUGUUCAGGCUCCAUGGCCUGCUGGUGGCCUCCCACCCGUGGGAGGUAAUAGUGGGCACCCUCGCUCUCACUGUCUGCCUGAUGUCAAUGAACAACCUGGCAGCCAGCAGCCAGAUGUGCACCUGGAACGAGUGCCCGAAAGUGGAGGAGAAGAUCCACAGCAGUGAUAUCAUCAUACUGACAGUCACACGCUGCAUGGCCAUCGUUUACGUCUAUUUCCAGUUCAAGAAUUUACGACAACUAGGAUCUAAGUAUAUACUGGGUAUUGCAGGGUUGUUCACCGUGUUUUCCAGCUUUGUAUUUAGUACAGUGGUCAUCCACUUCUUUGGGAAAGAGCUGACAGGUCUGAACGAAGCCCUGCCGUUCUUUCUCCUGCUCAUCGACCUGUCCAAAGCCUGUGCAUUGGCCAAAUUUGCCCUCAGUUCAAACUCUCAGGAGGAGGUGAGGGAGAACAUCUCCCAGGGCAUGGCCAUCCUGGGCCCCACCUUCACCCUGGACGCUCUGGUUGAGUGUCUUGUCAUUGGGGUCGGCACCAUGUCAGGUGUGCCUCAGUUAGAGAUCAUGUGUUGUUUUGGCUGUAUGUCUGUCCUGGCCAAUUACUUUGUCUUCAUGACCUUCUUCCCUGCGUGUGUCUCCCUGGUCCUGGAGCUGUCAAGGGAAAGCCGUGAGGGCCGUCCAAUCUGGCAACUGAGCCACUUUGCCCGUGUGCUGGCUGAAGAAGAGGACAACAAGCCCAAUCCUGUGACGCAGAGGGUUAAAAUCAUCAUGUCUCUGGGCCUGGCCUUGGUUCAUGCUCACACUCGACUGGCAGCUGAGCAUCCGGGUCAGAAUCGCACAGUGGAGGGGCCCAUAGCUAAGAGGCUGGAAUCAGGUGGGACCAUGUUGCCGCUGAAGCUCACCAGCAUGCACCUGGAGCAGGUGAUAACCCUCAGUCUCGCCCUGCUCCUGGCUGUGAAGUACGUCUUCUUUGAGCAAACAGAGACAGAGUCUUCCCUGUCCCUUAAGAGUCCCAUCAUCAGCUCUCCUCCCACUCAGAAGCCCAGGGUGGAAGGGGACUGCUGCAGGAGGGACUUCCCAGCCCUGAAACCCCAGAAGAUCACAAACGGUGCCGUAGCAACCAGCCCCGCCUCCUCAGCCGUAGCCUCGAAACUGUCCCCUGAGGCUGAGGCAGCGUGCAGAGACAGUGCAGAGGUGACUCAGCCUCCUGCAGCCUCAGUGGAUAACAGCCUCUGCGGUUCAUGUUUGGGGGAGUCUCUCGCUCCGACACCAUCUGUUCCUCAAAGUAGCUGUAAUUCAGAGGCCCGGACGCUGGAGGAAUGCAUGGCCAUCCUCUCAGAUCCUCAGAGGGGUGCCCGUUUUCUUAGCAAUGAAGAGGUGAUGAACCUGGUGACGUCACGCAACAUCCUGAACUAUAAACUGGAAACUGUCCUCGAGACGCCGGAGAGAGGCGUGGCCAUCAGGAGGGGAAUGCUUUCACCCAAACUGCCUGUCCACUCUGCCCUGGCUCGUCUGCCUUAUAAGGACUACGACUACUCUAAGGUGAUGGGCACUUGCUGUGAGAACGUCAUUGGCUACAUGCCGGUGCCAGUGGGAGUGGCCGGUCCUCUUCCGCUGGAUGAGAAGCAGUUUUAUGUUCCCAUGGCGACCACAGAGGGCUGCCUGGUGGCCAGCACUAACAGAGGAUGCAGGGCUCUUUCUCUGAGCGGGGGCUGCCGCAGCAGGAUUCUUGCUGACAGCAUGACCAGGGGUCCCGUGGUGAGGCUGUCCUCAGCCUGCCGGGCUGCGGAGGUCAAAGUCUGGCUGGAGACCUCGGACGGUUUCAACACGAUCAAAGAGGCUUUCGACCAGACCAGCAGGUUUGCUCGUCUGGAGAAGUUGUUGGUGGGCUUAGCUGGCAGGAACUUGUACAUUCGCUUCCAGUCUCAGACCGGAGACGCCAUGGGCAUGAACAUGCUCUCCAAGGGCACCGAGCAGGCUCUGCACAGACUCCAGCAGCAGUAUCCAGACAUGCAGGUGCUGGCGGUCAGUGGGAACUACUGCACUGACAAGAAGUCUGCUGCCAUAAACUGGAUCCUGGGUCGGGGAAAGUCUGCCGUGUGUGAGGCCACCAUCCCUGCCAAGGUGGUCAGAGAGGUGUUGAAAAGCAGCACGGCGGCUCUGGUGGAGCUGAACAUCAACAAGAACUUGGUGGGUUCGGCCAUGGCUGGCAGCAUCGGGGGCUUUAAUGCUCACGCUGCCAACAUUGUAGCGGCCAUCUACAUCGCCUGUGGACAGGACCCAGCUCAGACAGUGGGGAGCUCCAACUGCAUCACUCAGAUGGAGGCUGCUGGUCCAGAGGGGGAGGACCUGUACAUCAGCUGCACUAUGCCCUCCAUAGAGCUGGGCACUGUGGGAGGAGGCACCAACCUGCCCCCACAGCAGGCCUGUCUGCAGAUGCUCGGCGUCCAAGGAACCAGCUCCAACGAGCCAGGCGAGAACGCCCGUCAGCUGGCCCGCGUGGUCUGUGCCACCGUGCUGGCGGGGGAGCUCUCCCUGAUGGCGGCUCUAGCUGCUGGACACCUCGUCAAGAGCCACAUGACCCACAACAGAUCGAAAGCGAACCUGUCAGAAACGUCUUCGUCACAGUCGGAGACAGCUGCAUGACGUGAACUUCAGUGUCAGCCCGGCUGAACGGGUUCUCCUGCUAACAGAAGAAAACCGCUGUGAGAAUCCAGUUGCCCCCUGAUGACGUGGCUCUGUGGGUCAUGGACGCCCAGGACAGGCUAAAACCAGACCCAGGACAGGCUGAAGACCGCCACCAACAGGCGCUCGCUUUGUGUCGCCAGGCUGAUUGCAUAAUGACUUUUUAGGGUUGACAUGUUUGUUACUUUUUUGUGCCAUGUGUCUGCAACCGAACAUUGCAGCAGUCUUUUGGAACGCCUUUAUUGUUUUUGGCACUGCUCUUUCAGGCAGCUGUGAAUUAUUGAUGGGGUUCGGAUUGGUUGAAAUCCACCACGAGCGACCUGUGCCUCUCAGAGUCCGAAGGCCAAACGCACGUAGCUUUUGCUGUCAUAGAAUGGAGAGACACGACCUCCACACUCAUUCUCGGAUGGUUUUCCAUCAAAAACGAGUGAAGUGAGAUCUUCAGACAGCUGGAACGAACUGAUUUGCACUCGCCAAAGCUUGCUCGAGACAGCGCCGUUACUGCUGUAGGUGACAUCUGCUCAAGUUUAAAAUGCCAACUUCCUGCCUGAAUGUAUGUGGUACUCAGCGGUACCAGUAUUGUGGGAUCUCUUGCACAACCUUUCCUGAUUAAGGCGCUGCUGUAUACUGUGUAUACUGUGGGAUGACUGUGGCUGCUGGUUCCAGGGAGGAAGCAGCACCUGCCAACAAAGCAACUUGUUGGACUCUGAACCACCAACUAGACAGCUUUCUGCCGUCAGGCUGCUGCUUGUGUUAAGGGAAAUAGGAAAACUGGGAAAUCAAAGCCAUAUUAACCAGUUUAAUUAACUUUAAUGGUACACUAUUAUACAUGUGCAAUGAUUGGAGGACCUAUUAGCAUAGUGGAAGUGAAAGGAUGGCUUUCAGGCAUCGCUGACCACAGAUACUGCAGGUUCUUGUUUUGUCCUUUUCAGAAAGCGAUGAAGGUGAGACGUGGCCUUACACACAGUAUGUACUGCAGAAGUUGAGCUGUAGCAUGGUCUAGAUAGAAUAUUUAAUUUUAAGCUAUUCCUUCAAAUGAUUGUACUGUUUUAAUUAAAAAAUAAAUAAGCCCAUGUCUCCUCUAAAGGCCUCAUUUGU